GAAUCCAUGCUGUGAGGAUUUUAAACGCCGGAGCGCUGCAGCAUCGGGGAGCCGCCGAAGGCUCUCAGCAGACUGAAGUUGCCGCGUCUGGCCAGGCGCGCCGCCCGGGCCCAUGGAGCUGGAGGGGCAGUGGUGGCGGGGACAGCUGGCUGCCGACAUUCACCAAGCCCUUCGGUACAAGGAGCUGAAGUUGCCCUCUUACAAAGGCCAGUCCCCUCAACUAAGUCUCAGAAGGUAUUUUGCUGAUUUGAUUGCUAUUGUGAGUAAUCGAUUCACGCUCUGCCCUUCUGCCCGACAUCUUGCUGUCUAUUUGCUGGACCUGUUUAUGGAUCGGUAUGACAUCUCUAUCCAGCAGCUGCAUUUAGUUGCACUUUCCUGUCUGCUUCUAGCAAGUAAAUUUGAAGAAAAAGAAGAUAGUGUGCCUAAGCUAGAACAGCUCAACAGCCUGGGUUGUAUGACUAAUAUGAAUCUAGUAUUGACAAAACAAAAUUUGCUACAUAUGGAACUAUUAUUACUAGAAACCUUUCAGUGGAACCUCUGCCUUCCAACAGCUGCCCACUUCAUCGAGUAUUAUCUCUCUGAAGCAGUACAUGAAACAGAUCUUCAUGAUGGCUGGCCAAUGAUUUGCUUGGAAAAAACUAAACUCUACAUGGCCAAGUAUGCAGAUUACUUCCUGGAAGUAUCUUUGCAAGAUUAUGCCUUUCUAAAUUAUGCACCUUCUUUAGUAGCUGCUGCAUGUGUGGCUUCAUCAAGGAUUAUACUUCGUCUUUCUCCAACGUGGCCUACAAGACUUCAUCGUCUUACUGCUUAUUCCUGGGAUUUCUUAGUGCAGUGCAUUGAACGGCUAUUGAUUGCUCAUGAUAAUGAUGUGAAAGAAGCAAACAAACAAAGGGGACAAGCAGUACCUCAGCCAGCACAACUAAGUGUGUUCCAGACAACCUCCCAGUCCUCACGGCCAGUUCACUUUCAGCAACCUCAGUAUCUCCAUCAGACUCAUCAGACCUCACUGCAGUAUCGCCAUCCUGUAUCAGAACAACCAAGUUGUCAGCAGAUUGUAUCUACCACACACACCUCCUCUUACACACUACAGACAUGUCCUGCUGGCUUCCAGACUAGUGUUCAGGGCCUUGGGCACGUGCAGACUGGUGUUGGGAUGUCACUGGCGAUACCAGUAGAAGUUAAGCCCUGUCUGAAUGUUUCUUAUAACCGGAGUUACCAGAUAAAUGAACAUUACCCUUGCAUUACUCCAUGUUUUGAAAGGUGAUUUUAUGUGAUGGUAACACCUGCUCCAGACUGUUUUGUGACUUGAAGCUCUGGCACAAGUUUUUUGUAAACUUCUCUGAAGGGAUUCAAAUUGCAUCAGAACUCUCUUCAAAUAGCAGCACCAGGAAGACCGAAUAUCCCUUUGAGUGCACCAUGAAUACCUGGGAGGACUAAGCAAACACUGCAAACACUUUAACAGUAUGUAUGUUAAAUUCUGUUCAGUACCUACAUGACAAAAAUUUCAAGCCCCGGCUGAUGGUCCAAAUAUUUCAAACUACAACAGAAUAUUUGGGCAGACUCCUUUCAUUUUGCUGUUUUGAGAGUUGACCUGUGGUGGGCUCUGGGCCUAAUGUUGGUUUAUAUGUCAGAGAUUAAUAUUUGUCUGUGGACUUGCCAAACAGUCUUUUUAUGAAGGAAAGUUACAGUAUUAAUUUUUGAAGAGGUCCUUUUUUUAUUCUGCAGUUUGAGUUAUAUUCUUGAUCUACAUGUGAAUUUUUGACUAAGUAUAAAUCCAUGAAUUGCUAUUCUGUACUGAUCUGUACAGUAAAAAAAUGUUUUAGAUGAUUCUAUAUUACUUCCUAUCACAAGAUAGUAUAGGUACCUGGAUUUAUGUACUAAAAUUAAGGGUGGAGUAGAUCUCUUAAAAUCAUGGCCAUACAUUUUUGUUGUUAUUUUUUCCCUAAGUGAUCAACCUCAAAUCUUUAGAAUUAAAACACAUUUAACUCAGGGAAUUUGUACUACUUGCAAACACUUAACUGUAAUGCAACAUGUUUUGGGAAUGUUAUAGUAUGAACUACCUUUAUAAUAUAGGUUAAAAUACUCCUGCUAGGGUGUAUUUUCAAAUGAGAAUAUAACUGUAGCUUAGAAUGAAUGAAAUGAUGGUCUCAAUCAUUCAUAAUACAUAUAUAGAUUUUGCAUCUCUCAGUGCAAUCGAUUUAUACUCAGAUUUGAUUUUAUUCGAAAAACGUUUUUUCAAGGAAAGGCAUAACUGUAAAAUGUCCGUACUAGAACAAAGUCCUGUAGGUUUAUUUUUAAGUGGAAUGUGGCCAGGGUAGUUCUCAGGUUGUGCUAGAGCAGCACUUUGUUACAUGGAAGACAGGUUUUAUAGGCAGCCUUUGUAUCCAGCUAGUCAGUAUAAGCAGGCAAAGGUAUUGAUUACUAAAUGUCAUUUUCAGUAGAUUGGCCCCAGAAACUGCCCUGGGACAUUUCACUGUACUGGUAAUGAGUGAAAAUAGCAAUAAUAAGUCAUUACAGCAAGGGCAAUUUGGGGGUAAGGAUUUGGAGAGAGUAAACUUAAAAAAGAAAAGAAAUCAUUGUAAUAACUGAAACUGUAUACAUUGUGCUCUUAUCUGUGGGAGAAGAGAGAUUUGGUGGAGGGAAGCUUUCUGAUUUAAAAAUUAGUAAAGUGUGUCUUUUUGUUUGUGUUUUUUAAAAGAUAGCACUUGAAUAGAAGGGAAACUUCAUGGCAGGUGUGUGACUGCCACAAUAUGCAUUGAAGACAAACUUAUAAAGAUGUUGUGGGUAUGCAGCAGGAGUCUCAGUAAUCAAGCCAAAUGACUUCUGUUAGGAAGGGAAGGGACUCAAAAACCGAUCCAGAUGGCUCCAGUGGAUAAGUGUGGGUGGGUGGCUUCUGCCAGUGUGAAUUCUUAGAGAAUGUCCUUUCCAUAAAACAAAGGUAACUUUUAUAAUUAGAGUACAUAGGGCAUGAUGUGGAUUUAUUAGUCUGGUAGAUAAAACUUUUAAAAAAAAACAAACCACUCAGGUAAGAACACUCACAUGGCAGUUUUCAAACAUGAAAAUUAUUUUCUGAAAGUAUCAUUUUUCCUUUUUAUAGAAGGCUGCUAAUUGGAUUUGGGUAGUUCUUCAAGAGAACUUGAAUUUUGGGGGGGAAAGUGGGUUCAAUCGAAUAUAUCUUUCCUAUUCAUGUUUAGAACCCAGCAACCUGGAGUCCAAUUUUCAGUGUUUUAACUACCUCAAUAAUACUAUGAAUGUAAGAUAUUGGGAUAGAGAUCCCAACUUGAAACAACAACUGGUGCCUAUGGUAAUUUAAUGUAUUGUCAAUGCUUUUAUUGAUUGGUUUGUCAUUCUUGUUAUAGAAUAUGCCUUUUUAAAAAGCUUAUAAUAACACUUUCCCAGUUUAUAUUUAAAAAAGCUAAAGAACACUGGAUUAAUUUGGGGGGGGGGGUAGAAUAAAAUAAUUGGUUACUAUUGCUGCAUACCCAGGGUGGGGUGGGAUGGGUUUUUGGAGAACCAGAACUAUUUUUAAAACAUUAGGUUUCAGUAUAAAUUCAACUCACAACUGCUAGCUUUGGGGGAUGCGGGUGGGGGGAGUUAUGUGGGUUUUGUUUUGUUUAAUUUAUUGAUUAGUCUUUAAAGUAGAUUUUUUUUUUUUGAGAUUACCGGACCAUCAUUAAAUGUGUACUGUGAAGAGAUUAAUGAUAUGUAUAAAGGGCUUUACCAAAGUCCACUAAAUAAACACUACUCAAAUACAGACUGCAAACCAAAAUGUAUCUGUUAUAACAUUAAUUGCAAAUGGUGAGUAUGGUGCUAAAGUCUACACCAAUGGAAUUAGAUGAGUGCUAUGCACUUAAUUUUUAAAAUAAAACUAGUUUUCAGUAAAA